AUGGAUGAUAAUACUAACCAAACAAUAACUCCCUGGGAAAUCACAUCGAGUAAAGUUGAGGAAGAGAUAGACUAUUCCAAAAUCAUUGACCAGUUUGGGUGCCAGCCGUUUUCGGUUGAUAUGGCCCGAAAGCACGAGCUAGACCAUAUCUUAUUUCGACGAGGAUUGGUUUUUGCCCAUCGAGACUUUAUCGCAACGAUUGAGGCGGCCAGAAAGGGCGAAGAAAUCUAUCUUUAUACCGGCCGAGGGCCAAGCAGCACUAGCAUGCACUUAGGCCACGCUGUUCCAUUCCUGCUAUGCAAGUAUCUACAGGACAAAUUCGGAUGCAAUCUAGUAAUCCAAAUGACCGAUGAUGAAAAGUACAUCUGGAAAGACAUUACUUUAGAAGAGUCAGUGCGCUAUGGAAGAGAGAAUGCCAAGGAUAUUGCUGCAUUUGGUUUUGACCCCAAAAAGACGUUCAUCUUCUCUAAUGUCAACUAUGCCCAUCGGUUUGUGGCCAACACACUAAAGAUCGAGAAAAGCAUUAUGUUGAAAGACUUUAUUAAGGUGUUUGGCUUCACAGAUUCGGUUAAAGUAGGACAGGUUUGCUUCCCUUCUAAACAAAUGGCGCCGUGCUAUCCAUCUUCCUUCCCCGAGCUUUUGAAUAAGAAUGCCCGCUGUUUGAUUCCAUGCUCAAUUGACCAAGACCCCUACUUCCGAUUGGCGCGAGACAUUGCAAACAAGCUCAAUGCCGUUAAGCCCGCAACAGUUUACACGUACUUCCUUCCGGCCCUCCAGGGCAUGGGCACCAAAAUGAGCGCGAGCUCGACCUCUUCAUCGAUAUACUUAAAUGACACUCCUGCGGAGAUAAAGAAGAAAAUCAACAAGCAUGCAUUCUCUGGUGGGCGAGAUACAUUGGAAGAGCAUCGAAGGUUAGGUGGAAAUCCGACCGUUGACGUAGCUUACCAGUACUUGCGCUUCUUCUUAUCAGACGACGCACUUCUCAAGCAAUACGAAGAGGGGUACAAAAACGGCACUAUCAUGAGCGGCGAAAUGAAGAAACUCUGUAUUGCGACUGUGCAGGAAUUCAUAAAGGAGUUCCAAGCAACUCGAGCUGGCAUCACAGAGGAGAAGCUGGAUGAGUUCUACGCAAUCAAUAAGUAA